UCACUCCGAAAUUCAAAAUCGGUACUCGUGAGUUUGUCGCCAUCUCGUAUGCAAUUUGAACCUGCGUCGGAGCGGUCAGAAUAUAAGUAGCGCGUCGAUUCGACGUGACAUUUAACUUUUGGACGGUGGUGCCCAGGUAGAACGACGUUUUUAAGGUGGUGCAGUCACUGAGUGUGGCAGCGAAUAACGUAAAAUGUCGUCAGGCGUGAUAGACAUUCUCGUGGACAUGGGUUUUAGUAUAUCCAAGGCCGAAAAGGCCCUGGAAAUUACCGGUAACAAAGGCGUGGAGCCGGCGAUGGAAUGGCUGCUGGCCCACUCGGACGAGGCGGAACCCGUGCUAGAACCCUAUGUAGGCGAGAGUGCUCCGGCGCUUGCUACCGACACGCAGGACAACGUUGCUGGAGCUAGCAACCAACCAGUAUCUACUACUGAAACAGCAAAGUCUAUGAAGUGCGACGUAUGUGGAAAGCUCUUCAAAUCUAAUUUAGAAGUCGAGUAUCAUGCCACAAAAUCUGGCCAUGAUAGAUUUUCUGAAAGUACAGAAGAGAAGAAACCACUCACCGAAGAGGAAAAGCGGGAGCAGCUAAAGAUGUUGGAAGAGAAGUUGAGGCAGAAGAGAAAAGAGAGAGAGGAACAGGAAAAGAAGAAUGAAUUCGAAAGGGAAAAAAAUAGGAUACGAUCAGGAAAGGAAAUGUCUGAAGCUAGGAAAAAGUUGGAAGAGUUAGAGAUGCAGAAACUCCUGGAGCAAAGAAAACGGGAAAAGGCAGAAGAAAAGGAAGCGAGACAAAGAGUUCGAGCGCAAAUUGAAGCCGAUAAAGCAGCGCGACGAGCUAAAGCGGCCGCUGAAAACAGUCAGUCAGUCAAUACUACUUCAGUCCCAUUAUCUGCAACAUCUUCAUCCGCAUCUACGCAUCAUAGGAAGGAUUACACUGAGACUAAGCUUCAGCUUAGGCUUACCAAUGGACAGACUUUGACACAAAGCUUUGGAAGCAAAGAGCAAUUAUCCGCGGUGAGACUGUUUAUUGAAAUGAAUAGGACAGACGGUAACGGUCCCUUCCAGCUAAUGACAACAUUUCCCAAGAAGAUAUUUACAGAUGAAGAUUACGAUACGCCAUUGGAUGUGUUAGGCCUAGUACCCUCAGCAGUCGUAAUCGUUCAAAAGAAGGUGGAAUGAUGUAGCCAGUAAUGACCUAAUUUGUAAGCAAAGAUACUAAUGUAUAUUAUCAUACAGAUUAAUUAUAAGAUAUUCACUCUAAUAUAAUGAUAUUCUUUAUUAUAAACGAUGAAAAUUUAUAGUGUGUGAUAUACGAGUUUCUUUUCGAGUUUUAAAACUUUUUCUGUAAUCUGUUGUUUUUUGAUGAAGAAUAUUCGUUGCAUUUAAAAAAAUAACGUUACAAUUAAAAAUUGAAAUAAUGAAAAGUGAGAAUUUUAAUACUCUUAAUUUUCAAUAGAUUACUUUCGUAUCUG